ACAGUCUGGUUGAUUCACCACUACUGCAGGAUUGUUGUCAUUUUAUCUGUGGCUAUUCUGCGGCUCUAGCUAGCCGCUUGAUUUUCUCACCAACAUACUUUGAUCCAGCAGGAUGUUAGGAUGGAGUGUGGCCCAGUCCUGCCGGACAGCCUGGUGUUGGAUAUCUUCCUGCAUCUUCCCCAUGAUGAUGUGCUUAGAGCAGGUCUGACCUGCAUACAGUGGCUGGCUGUCUCCAGAGAUGAGUUCCUUUGGAGGGAGCUGUUCUACAGCUACUACCGCAUCCCACGUUUGGUACCCCGACACCCAGCGUCGGUGUCAUGGUACAGGGAGUUCAGGCGCCUGUUUGACUCUAUCCCCUGUGUUGAGGUUCAGACGCUGAGAGAGCACACUGACCAAGUCCUUCACCUGGCUUUUUCUCACAGGGGGCACCGCUUCUCCUCCUGCUCCAAAGACUGCACCGUUAAGCUAUGGGACACGGAGCGGCUAGACGGUAAUAUCUCAAUGGUGCACAGCUCCAGCAUGCGGGAGUUUAACUGGGGUUACACCCAGUUCUCCCAGUUCAACACUGACGACACCCUGCUGCUUGUGUCUGGCGUCUAUCUGGGCCCACACCACUCCUCGUCGGGGGAAAUCGCUGUCAUCAGUCUGGACAAUUACACACUGUUGUCGCGUGUGAGGAACAAGCCGUACGAUGUGUUUGGCUGCUGGCUGAAUGAGACCCACCUGAUCUCUGGGAACUUGCAUUGGAUAGGCAACAUGACGUCCUGCUCUGUGCUCUGGCUCAACAAAGCCUUCCAGGAUGUUGAAUCGGAGAACGUCAACGUAGUCAAGCGCCUUUUCAAGAUCCAGAACGUCAACGCCAGCACCAUCCGCACAGUGAUGGUGGCCCACUGCCGUCGUCACGACAACCCGGAUUUGCUGCUCGACUAUGAAGCCCAAUCCCAGGCUCGAAGGCAGAAAGGGCAGCAGGAGCAGCAGCAGCACCAGCCCCUCCUCUUUGAUCUGGGAACUUCCGGCAGUGAGGAAGAAGAUGAGGGCGCGGAGAGGGGCGAGGAAGCAAGGCUUCCCACUGCUCACUCUGCUCAGCCCUCCAUCUCAGGCUUGGAGCAUGUUAUACAGAGUUGUAAAACUGUAGGGCGCACAGAGUUGGCAAUUGAGACCCAUGUGGCUAAGAUAAUGGGCAGAGCCCACACGAAGGCCCCUGAGUCCAGCCUAAAUGAGCCCUCUGAGUCUGGAGAGGGAGAGGACAAAACGUACUUACUCUUCACCACCGGCAGCCUUACAUACUCCCCUCACCAGAUCGGUAUUAAGCGGAUCAAGCCUGACCAGAUGACCACUUGUGGUCCUGUACUCGGGGAAGAGCGGAGUUCAGACGAUUUUUUUGAUUCCCUAGACCAUGUUAUUGAUAUCCAUGGACAUAUCAUUGGGAUGGGCCUUUCUCCAGACCAUAGGUACCUUUAUGUGAAUAGCCGGGCUUGGCCAGCCGGGUGUGUGAUCUCUGACCCCAUGUCUCCUCCUCCCAUUGCCGAGGAGAUCGACCUGCAUGUCAUCGAUCUGAAGAGUUUGAGGGAGGAGAGAAGGAGCCUGCGCGCUCAUCGAGCCUUCACGCCUAACGAUGAGUGCUUCUUCAUCUUCCUCGACGUCAGCAAAGACUUUGUUGCCAGUGGAGCAGAGGACAAGCAUGGCUACAUCUGGGACCGUCAUUACAACAUCUGCCUGGCACGUCUGGCACAUGACGACGUGGUGAACUCGGUAGCGUUCAGCCCCGCUGACCAGGAGCUGCUGCUGUCUGCGAGCGAUGACUCUACCAUUAAGGUGUGGCGUUCACCGCGCAUGGUCCGCCUGGCGCAGGCCCCCACCCGGCCGCCGAGGCCCCGCAGCCUUCUGCCGUCCUGGCUGAGCCGCAACAAGAACUCAACGUCUGCCAGCAGUGUGAAUGGAAAACCAUGAGUCAGGUUGGAAAACACGAAGCGGGGGGGACGGAGUGGGGGGAGGAAGUUAUAUAUGCACUGCAUGUAUAGGUACGGUGUGGUUAAAGUCGGGGGGGGGUUUUGCUUGAGGUCACACGGCAGCGCUAAGUGUCUUUAGCUGACAGGAGGCGGGACUUGACUCAGGGUCGGACACAUGUGAGCACAGUCUCUGCUGUUCUGUGGACAGGAGUGAUAUGAAAUGUUCUGUGAGAUAGUGUAGCGUGACUCCUGAGAGCAUAAGACACAGACGUCCACACGUGUUACUACCCCAAGCGAUGGUGUUUGUCUGUUUUUCAUCUGUCUGAACUGGUCAGGACUCCUGCACGUGUAAAUGUAUGUGACGUCAACGCCGCAGAGACAAAACCUUGCGAUCGCGGCUCAUCAGAGGCAAAGUGCUGUAAGUGAGAAUUACUUCAGAAAUGUAUUCUCUUAUUAAUGGAUAUGUCCAAUUGAUGUUUUGAGUAGAAACACCCUAGAACAAAUGUUUUCAGAUAAUUAUACAACCAUUUAAAACCAAAAGGUACGACAACCUUUAGCUGCUUUUGGUGCGGCCAGCCUUGGUUUUUAAUUAUUUCUCAUCCCAUUGUUUGUGUCCCAUAAAUGACCGAUCCCUCUAUACAAAGUAGAAUUAUUGAGUAACUUAAUCUAGAAGAGUCGAUGAGGAACCGUUGGCGUGAAUCAUGACUGAACAAAAUGUUUUUGUUUGUCUAGCUUAUUGUUUUUUUGGGCCUAUAUUAUGUAGAAAUGUAUUUGUGCACGUUUUAUUCAUUUGUAGCAUAACAAUGCACCCUUUAAUUUUGUCAGGCUCUUAGGCGACAGAUGAAUCAGAAAUUGAUGUCUCCCGGCUGUUUUUUAUUUAAGACAAAACCAUGCAGAUGGAUCACUUAGAGCCUAUGAAUUUGUAUGUCUUUUUGUGACAUAUUAUACUGUGACUUUUAAAGACAUUCUAUGAUAUGGCAUUUUUUCUGGCUCUUUUAAACUAAUACUAUUUUAUUUCAUGACAUUUUCCUUGACAUUUUUUCUGGUACUAGACUUUUUAAGACUUCCCUUUGACAUACUACAAACAAUGUUUAUAAUUUGACAUUUUCAUGACAUUUAACUAUGGAUUUUGUUUUAUGACAUUUGUUUAGAAUACACAUUGACCUUAUUUCUGACUUUAUUUCGAUAUACUAUACUGUAACCUUUCUCGACAUUUUUCACGAGGUUAACUACAAUGAACCUUUUUGUGACUUAAUAUGACACAAACUAAGUUUCUUACUAUUGUGAUGACCACUCCUUUCCACCAGGGGUCAGUGUCCUGUUUUCCGGCUCUUCUUUGUCUUGGUCAUCAGCUGAUGACCACUUGACCACUUGAGCUGAUGUUGUUCUUAAACAAAGAGCUUGUCUUCCUCUUCUGACAGGACUGCUGUUGUUUUGUUUGCUGUUGACAUUUCCAAACGUCCUGACUGUAUACUUCAAUAAAUGUGUUCUCACUGUU